AUGGAUGAAAGCGACUCUCCCCAGAACGAGACCGCUCCUCAUCUACAGCCCCCGAGUAGGAAGUUUCGCCGCACCCUGUCCUGUUUGAGUUGCCAGAAGCGCAAGGUCAAGUGUGACCGUGUAAAACCAUGUCGGGCCUGUUGUACCCGUGGAGCCCCGUCCGAGUGCGAAUUUGGCGUUACCAAGAAGGAUCGCCAUUUUAUGGACCAGUCCGACCUGAUUGAGCAGCUGCAAACAAAGGUCAGGGACCUGGAGCAACGGCUCAUCAAACAUCCCGGAACAACUCCAACAGCCGCCACGACGCCACCACUCACCGAGGGCUCACCGGAUGACAACUAUGACGCUCCCGCAGAAGACGAAGAGCCUCCAGAAGAUGAGAAGAAACCCGUUCACAGUAUUGCCGCGACACGCCGACCAACGUUGAAGGACCUUCUAGCCUCAUCCCCAUCGCCAGGCAAACUGUUGAUGGAAGUUUUUGUUGGAGAACUAAUCAAUGGAUUCUCCCCCGAUCCAUCUAACACGCAUGGUCGUGUAUUUGAUUUGCGAUCCGCGUCCGAGAGGCGGAUCUUCUCGCCACUGCUAACUAGCGGGUUCAGCGCCGCCGCGUUAACUUUUGUCGGCCAACGAGACGAACACCCAAAGAUCACAGCUGCCGGUAAUAGUCAGUAUAACAGACUGCUGAGAUUGCUGCAGUGGGCAGUUAACAACCCAGAAAAGUCCAAAUCCAGCGAAGUUUUAACCGUGGUCGUCCUUUUGACUAUCAUUGAGGCAUUCAAACAAACAUCCCCUGGGGCUGUUAUGAAACAUCAACUCGGCGGACUCGAACUCCUUAGAAUACGGACCCCGUAUCGACACCGAUCUGGUUUCGAAAGGUCACUUUUUGUGGAUUUGCGCAUGUUCUGGGUAACGUCUGCAAUUGCUAGCCGCAAGAAAACUUUUCUUGCCAAUGACGACUGGAAAACGGUUCCUUGGUCUGGAGACGGACGCCAAAAGGACAUACUUCAUUUGCUUCUCGAUAUUGCCGUCGAUAUCCCCGGCUUUUUGGGUAGCUAUGAUGCGUUAAAAUUCGCAGUACGACACAAAACAUUGUCCCAGGACCAAGUUUUGUCUAAGCAACAACGAGUCCAAGCUGCAGCGACCGAACUAGACCACCGGCUAGAGCUUUGGCAUUCACUGUAUGCCAUUGACUAUGAGCACGGAUACAUGACCGAGGCUCCCGCCGACAGCAUUACUGGUGAUGAGGAGUUUCCUCAUUUCCAGUGCUGCGAUCUGUUCACGAACGAAACCUUCGUUCCGACGAAUUUUAUCUAUCCUGACCUUAUGCUCGCUGUGAGUAUGUGUCUAUAUCGAGCACUCCGUCUUGUUGUCUCCGGUAGCAGUGACGAUGGUCUUGUGGCUGUGCUACGACCUUCUGAGCGCUAUCAAAUUGCAGUCGACAUCUGCCGUAGUAUGCGAUACUAUCUACACACUGUUCCCGGAUUCCUAGUCUCGCGCAUCAUGUUCGUCUUGAGAGUUGCCUUUGACACUUUUACGGACGGCAUGGUCGAGAAAAGGUUUGUGCAAGAGCUUUUUUGGUAUAUCGGCAAUAAGUAUCGGUUCCCGGUUUUUAUGAAUCAUUGCUCUGAAUCUGCAACCGCGGUGCGUGCCGAUGAUUCUGCUUAA